AUGAGAAGUCAGGGAAAUGCCGAGUCUCCUGGACCCAGUGUUGGAGGUCUAAGUCUCAAACAGGAAUCUACUGGGUGUAAUGAAUCUGAACCAGUACAAGCUUCAGUCAGCGGCGAUGAUAAUAAACCGGUAUGCCCGAGCCUGGAAAAGGCUAAAGCCUCGCUCCAGACGGUAGAUAGUAAGGAUUACACCGAGGGUAGUGUCAAGCCAGAGCGACCCAUGCCAUAA